CAGUGAGAACCUCGUUUAACCAACAGCAGCGAGUAACUCAUUCAUGACAUUCAGGCAGCUGGCAAGAUGGUACGGUCUCUUCUGCUCGUCCUCCUCUCACUGAUAUCAUAUUCAGAAGCCGCCACGAGGACAGAUUUUAAACAUGUUGAGACGAUGAACGGGGCGCAGUUCGAAAACUUCAAGGAAUCUCCGGAUAUCCGUGUAGCGUAUUUUUACAAACGAGAGGUCCCCAGGCUACCAUCAUUUUACAGAGAGUAUGAGAGAUCAGCAGAGCUUCUCGCCACCUACCAUGUUAAGUGUGCUGUGGUAGACUGUACUCAAGGCAAAUCCACAGAGCAUUGUCAGAAGAAGAAAGGGGAACAUUUUGUCUAUGCCUUCAGGGAUGGCUAUGAGCUAUUACAGAUGGAGUUGGAGACCAUGUUUGAUGUGAACUCCAUUAUGUCCAACAUUCUACAGUUGGUGUUAUUGAGAGACGUCCCCAUUGUACAGACAGAGGAGGAGUUUGCUGAGCUGGAGAACUCGGCCAAAGGUCAACAUGACCUCAUCUUCUCCUACCACCGGGCCAUUGGCACCUAUGAACAUAGGCUUUUUAUGGAAGUUGCUUAUCUCUACCAGAGCAAGUAUAAAUUUGGAGUCACCACAGAGAAAAGCACUAUUUCAAGUCUUCCGGAUGCGAUGACUGAUUCGAGUGCUCUCUGUAUGCUUUGGGCGCUUGAUUGCAAGAAUGCCCCAAGGACAUCGCCAGAGGGGAUAACUCACUGCCCUGCUGUGAAGUUCAUUGGCAAAUUAGAAUUGGUGGAUGUGGCAUCCUUUGUUAAGUCUCUCUCAUUGCCUAAUGUGUACAAUAUUCCAGAGGAUGGGGUGACCAGUCCUUACACUGAGGUUGUGAUCCAUACCCUUUAUCUUUAUCACGACAAAGUAGGCCAGGUACAGGCCCAUACACUAGCUCAGGGCCUCGGAACCAGGUUCAGAGGAAUAGUGGGAAUCAUCACUGUGAAUGUAGAAUCACCAAACUUGCCAGAAGAGUAUACAUUUCAAGGUCCUCUACCAACAGCCAAACUGAAGCUGAAGCGAGUAAAUGAUGAUCGGUUUAUGAGUGGUGAGAUGGACAUUGUGAGCCUGGGUUACUUUGUGAGGGAUGCGCUGGAGGACUUCAUGCGCGGUGUUCGCAAGGACACCAUGACAGAGCCCACACAGCCAGUGUCUGAGAACUACGCGGCUAAGAUGGAUCAAAUUGAACAAGAGGUGAUCUCCCUUUAUUUGUCAUCACUAGUGGAACAGUUAGAUGACCAAGUGGCCAAAUCUGUACAUGACCUGAAGAAGAAAGACCUCAGACUGGAAAACAUUCCAGCCCUGACAGACAAAACCUUCCCACAAACCCUCCAGCAGAAAGACUUGGCUGUUAUUCUCUUCUAUCUGAAAGUGAACACUCCCAGUGCUGCUUUCCUUCACGCCUACGCAGAGGCUGGGGCCAGUUUUAAGUCACCUGAUGAAAGCCCAUUGGCUCGUGUUGAGUGUUUUGAUUGGACAGAUGUUUGCCAGAAGGAGAACAUUACCAUGUAUCCCACAGUGCACUUCUACAGAAAAGGACAAAGGCAGAUGGUGUAUAAUGGCCAUCUUGGAACAGACUCAAUUCUGUCUGCCAUUAAACUGUAUCAGCUGGAUGGGUUUGUGAAGCCUGUGAAUAAGGAAGAAGUGACACUGUUCAGUAAGGGUUUGUUCCCGGAGGACAUCCGCCAGUCCACACCUGUCUCAGUGCUUGGUCUCAUGAACAGUGAUACAGACAUUGAACAGUUCCAUAUGGUUGCAAUGGAGAACGCUCACCGUGCACCAUUUGGGUUGGUAACGGAAUCAACUCUGGCAAAACAAAUUGCUGCAGACUACGGAGUUACUUCCCCUGCCGUACUCCUAUUCAAAAGGAACGACCCUCUAAAGCCAGUGGAAAUUUACAAGAAGGAGAUGAUAGCAAGAAAGAUUGGAAUGUUUGUCUCAGCCGCUAGCUUGCCACUGUUUGGCCAGCUAACUCCUGCCAACAUGCCACAGGUGUACCAGCAGUUCAAACCGUUAGUGCUGGUGUUCCUGGGGCCAGGGGAUCAGGGUGUUGUUGAGGCCGUCAGUGAAGUGGCCCAGUCAGGCGAGUUCACGUGGGCCAUCUACACCUGGAUGAAUGUAUCUGGCAUGGACAACCUAGGCUCCACACUACUGUACCAUUACACGAAACAACCCAGGCUGCCUCAUAUCUGUCUCAUUAUUCGCCAUAAGUCAGAAGUGUAUAAUUUUCCUGGAGUGGAAUUCUCUAUGAAAACAAUCUCCAAAUGGCUGAGGGAGAUCCAUCAAGAGAAGGUUUCCCCUUCAAUGAACCUUCCCAGGGGCACCUGGCGUCCCAAACAUGAGGGGUAUGACUUCCUACGAAUGAUAGAUGAGGGUGUAGAUGAUCGUGUCGGGGAAGAUGACAUGGUGGGCAUUGCCAACGAGGAGGGCAUUGGUUUUGAUGCCGAUGGACAUUACAGUAUGGAGCAGGGUUUGUCUGAGGAGGACAAAGAGUUCAGCCAAUCAGUGGAUGAGUUCUACAAAGGGGACCAACCAGGUGAUGUUUCUGAGGAAGUGGACACCAUCGAGCACUCACGACUUGGUCAUCAGAAGCGUGACAAACCCAAAAUCACAGAGUCAACCACCCAGCAAGGGCCCAUAACUCAUCAAGGGCCCACAACUCCACAGAACCCAGAAGUCAAAACUCAUGAUGGUGGUGAACUGUAACACUGCACCAACAGUCCCCAACAGAUUUGGUGCUCGGUCUUCACCUUCAUGAACCAUCCAGCGAAAAUACAGCAAAAAAACAAGUUAUGAAUAAUUCAUGUUACAGUGAAAAUCCUAUUUUUAAGCAGAUAUAUUUUUAUAUAAUCUAUAUUUAUUAUUGUGUGAAACAUCUCAUUUAGACUUGGUGAAACAUGAUUGUCAUAUGUGUGGGUGUUGUGUGCUGGUUCAUCUAUACAAUUUUGCAUUCCAUGACUUUAUAUAAAUAUAUUGUGUGCACUGGUGUGAGUGAAGGUAAUAGUAAAUAGACAGUAAUAGAAAGAGAAUCUCAGUUUGUUUCACUGUGUAAAUCCUGUUUUUAUCUAUUGAUUUUUAUGAAUAUAUAUUACUGCAUAUACUGCAUAUGCACCAUCUUCACUACUGCAUGUGGGCAAUGCCAGUUUGCUGACAAUUCCACUUCUUGCUAGCAAAGUUGCCACAUGUGGACAUUGCCUCUGUUUGCUGAUAGUUCCAUUGCUUGCUAGCAAAGUUCCUGCAUGAUGAUAAUGCCUCUGUUUGCUGACUGUUCCACUGCUUGCUAGCAAAGGUUCUGCAUGUUGAGAAUGAGUCUGUUUGUUGACACUUCCACUGCUUGCUAGCAAAGUCACCACAUGUGAACAAUGCCUCUGUCUGCUGACUGUACCAUUGCUUGCUAGCAAAGUUCCCACAUGAUGAUGAUAAUGAAUCUGUUUGCCCACAGUUUCACUCAUUGUUAAGAAAGUUUCAAAUUCAGGAUGCUUACUUGUCUGAUAUCUGGAACGGCGUGAUGGAUUUCAACCACACUUUAAACUUCAUAGCUGUUGUAUACUAGCAUAUGAAAUAAUAUUGAGUAUAGUAUGGAGUAUUGAGAUGAACUAAACAAAUGAUGAUAAUGGGGAUAUAUGUUGACCAUGCCACUCUUGGUUUGCUAUGCUGCAGCAUGCUAUUUUUCCAUUUACAUCUAUCAAGUAACUUAUUGAUAUGGUUAACUAUUAGUGUCUCUAUGAACUGCAUGGUUGAUGUUACAUUUGUUUUCACUGAAAAUAAACUUUCAUUUAGACAAUUUUACAAUGCUACAUGUAGCAAUUUAUGAUUUUUUUUAAGGAUUUAAAAAUUGUUAGUUAUUAUUCAAUAAGGUUCUUAAUUAGGAAAGAUGGCUUGUUCAAUAUGGAUUUACUGAUGUUUAAUAUAUACUUGUAUAUAUGACUGCAAGGUACAUUGUAACUACUGUUACAUACAGCUAUAAGGUGCCAAUGUAACAGCUGUCCACACUGUUUGUGCUUUCUUAGAUUUUCACCAGUAACUUCUGAAUCAGUCGUUUGGUUUUAUUUUGUUUGAGGAGAUUGUCUAUUUUUUUUUUACUAGAAGUUGUUUCUUAAUUUUCCUCACAUUGUCCUACAUUUAGUUUAGAGUACUGGUAUCUUACAUGACACUGUCUCAUAAUAUUAUUGGUGCCACCAUCUUGAUUGCCAUUGCUUUCAUAUUAUUUGGUGACAUUUUUUGUUAUUAUUGAAUUGAGGGAAAAACAAUUAUAGAUAUUAUAAGCUACUUCUUUUGUUGCUUGGAUUUUGAUGGGGAUGUGUUGUCUCAUUUUAUGAAUUAUAGAUUUUAUGAAUUAAAGAUGCUUGAUUGCCAUUUUAAUUUUUUGUGUUAACAUUGUGGUGAUUGUUGACUACUAUCUGUGGUGUGAACUUUGUUAUCCUGUUGUAGGAAAUCUAAAGGAUGUUUGGCAUUUUCCAGCCUGAGGUUAAGGGACCUGUAUUAUGUUGGAGGCAUUUUAUGAAUUUAUAUCUCUUUAUGAAGUAAAAUUUUGCUCACACAUAUUUUCAUCUUGAAGCUUCACAAAAAGUAUGGUCCUAUUUGUGUAGACAUAAUUAUGUUAACAUGCUUUUAAAUGUACACCAAUGUAUACACACUGAUUUAUCUGUAUAUGUCUAUCUUUUUCCUGAUUGGCGAGAUUCUGGUCAUCUUACCUGUAUCUUUUAUGAAAGGAGAAUUUUCAUUGGGUAACAUAUGUGUCCUUAUAUCGCACUGUAAGCCAUCUUCCCAAGCAAAAGUAGAAGUUUUCUAUCUUACAAACCCAUGUGAAAAUAUUACAAGGCAAGCCUGCUGUUUUCUACUUAGAGAUGGAUUGUAAUUGUAAUUCAUUCUUAGGUGCCAUUCGGUAAACAUGUUCAAAAUCUCUGAUCCCAAAACAGUACCAGCCGUUGCCAGAAUAGCAUCACAUCUGUGCUUGUCUGUUGUUUAAAUUGUUUUGAUUUGUUCUAUUUACUGUUUGUUGUUUUGGGAAUUUUUUUUUUUUUUUUGGUUUUGUUGUUUUUGGGAAACAAUUUUAGUUAUUUGUGUGAAUCUGAUUUAGAGUGUAACCACAGCCGAUUCAGAUUACAGACUGUGAUUCUGAGACAAUGGCAUGGCAAUGGUAAAGAAAGUUAUAUAUAUAUGAGUGAAUUACUCAUUAACAUAUUGAUGAUCCGAGUCAGUGGAUAAAUGCCUUGUAUGGAAAUACGAAAACACUGUUUGUAAUGUUUUGACCAAUAAAUGAAGAUGAAGCAUCU